AUGGGGGGCUUCUAUGGAAAUUUUCCCAUUCUCUAUUUUCACGAUACUUUGGAGGCUUCGCCCCCAAUACUGAUUACUGAAACACUUCCACGCAACAAUCAAUCAACCAAGAAUUCAACAAUGGCGAAACGAUCUUCUUCUUCUCCAUCUCUCCUCAUCUCUCCACUCUCUCUCUUCCUCCCAAGAGGUGACAAUCUUUUAUACCUAAUUGCCCUUCUCUCCCUCUUCUCCCUCCUCGUUCACCGCCUCUCCGCCUCCCCCACAACAACCGCCCAAUCCCACUUCGAAGGCUUCGACGCCGAUGAAGAUGAAGAUUUUGUCCUCGAUGAAUCAAACGAUGCAGUUGUUCCUCCUCGUCGGUCAACUCCUCCUCCCCCCAUCUCUCUUUCACAACCCACUUCCGAGUCCCACCACGGUCCUCCUGAUUCCGAUUCGGAUCCCAUAAUUAAAUCGCCGUCAUCGGAUCCGAAUCCGAGCUCGAAGUCUGCUUCUACAGCUUUUGAUUACUGGGAUGAGGAUGAAUUCGAGGGGGUUCCUCAACAUUCAACCCCAGAAACUCCAGAAAUUACGGGAUCUGCCACUGGAUCGGAAUCUGAGUUGAGUUCACAGAAAUCGGAAGUACCGGAAGUUGAGGUUCCGAGGAAGCUGACGUCGUAUUAUGUGGAGAUUGUAUGUGUUUCGUUCUUGAUUAUGUUUACGAUCAAUUAUUUUACAGGGAAGAAAGAGAAUGAGAAUUUGGCGUUGGCUUGGGCGAGCAAGUUUGCCACCAAAGAUUCUAUUUUCGAUAAGAACUUUAGCUUGUUGGGCGUGGGCGAGACUGAGGACUCUCCACUGUUGUUGAAGGAGGGGCAGAAUGUUUUUAAGUUCUAUGCAAGCGGAAGGAGGUUUUGCUCGGGAGUGCUAGCAACUAUGGAGCUGAAGAGCAGGCAUGAUUUGAUUUCAAGGUUGUACAACAUGGUGGUGCCGUGUAAGGAUGAGAUUACAUUUGAGGUGUACAUGAACGAUGACGCUAUGGAUCAGGUGGUUUUUGCAUUAGCUAGGAAGAAAUUGGCAAAAACAAUGCAGAAGGAGGCUGGUGACUUGCAGCGUUUUGCAGGUCUAGUGGCACCUCCAAAUGGGAGGAAGUGGGUGGCCGAGGAGUUGCAGGUGGUCUCAGAAUCCAAGGAGGUUGCCGGUGAUUUGAUCACUGAUGCCGUGCUUGAUCAGGUCUUUAGCGACAAGGCAUUUGAGAAAUUUGGAAAGGGUUUCAUCUCUAUGCAUUUUUCUGAUAAAUACAUGGGCUUAAAUAAGAAGAUGCUGGUGUUUAAGUUUGCUCUCCCCAAUGCUAAUCACAUGGCUGACAUGACUCGAUUGGUUGCUCUUGUCCCCUAUUACAUUGACCUAAUUGGUCGAUAUAAGCUCAGCUCACUCGCUCGAUCUAAAACAGAAGCAGCCAGAUUAAAGAUUGCUCAAGAGAUUCAAAAGGAACUUCAGAAUGCCAGGAACGAAGCCUUGCAGAAAAAGAAGGCUGAGCAGAGAAAGAAGUUGGAAGAGGCCGAGGCAAAGCUAAGUGCUGAAGCUCUUCGCAAGAAAGAGGCUAAAGAGCGUUCCCGCCAAAUGAAGAAGGCCAUGCCCAAAAUCAAGAUGAGUCGAGCUAAUUAG